AAAGGCCCCACGUGUUCCGACCCGCUAGGCCCCGCGCGGCUCGGAUCCGGAGGCGCUGUUUCGGUCGGGAGUGGAUGGGAGAGAAGCCGGGGCAGGGGAGGAGCCGCCGGAGCUGUCGGAGCCGUGACACCCAGGGCAGCUACACUCAGAAGCCACAAGGAAUGCUAGUGGAGCCCCUCAUCCCUCCCAGCUUCUCUUCCAAGCUGCCCCGUGGGGCUUGAUCCAGGAAGCUACUUCAGAAAGCUAUACCCUUUUUGUACUCUGUAUAUACUAUAUUGCAGUAGACAAUCAUUCCAAGGGUACAACAAGGUUUACUACAAAGUGAGGGACUCAGCCAUUGCAAAUUGUACAGAUGAGGGGCUUCACGUGUUGAUCAUAUAUAUUAACACCUGUAUUCUGGGCUUUUGCUCUGAAUUCCUAGUAUUGCUAAAAUCCUGCUAUUUCUUAACUACCUGUUAAGUUCCUCAAGGGCCCUUGGAAGAAAAUCCUUGCUGUGUCCAGGCUGAGGCUGGGGGCUAAUGACAGCGUGAGCUCUAGAUGGUGUGAGACCACCCCAAAGCCAAGAAAUGGCUACAGCUGUGGAACCAGAGGACCAGGAUCUUUGGGAAGAGGAGGGAAUUCUGAUGGUGAAACUGGAAGAUGAUUUCACCGGUCGGCCAGAGUCUGUCUUACAGAGGGAUGACCCAGUGCUGGAAACCUCCCACCAGAACUUCCGACGCUUCCGCUACCAGGAAGCAGCAAGCCCUAGAGAAGCUCUCAUCAGACUCCGAGAACUUUGUCACCAGUGGCUGAGACCAGAGAGGAGGACAAAGGAGCAGAUCCUAGAGCUGCUUGUGCUGGAACAAUUUCUUACCGUCCUGCCUGGAGAACUACAGAGCUGGGUGCGGGGCCAACGGCCAGAAAGUGGCGAGGAGGCAGUGACGCUGGUGGAGGGUUUGCAGAAACAACCCAGGAGACCAAGGCGGUGGGUGACUGUCCAUGUUCACGGUCAGGAAGUCCUGUCAGAGGAGAUGGUGCAUUUAGGAGCGGAGCCUGAGUCACCUAGUGAGCUGCAGGAUCCUGUGCAAAGCUCGACCCCUGAGCAGUCUCCUGAGGAAACCAUACAGAGCCCAGAUCUGGGGACACCGGCAGAGCAGCGUCCACACCAGGAAGAGGAGCUCCAGACCCUGCAGGAGAGCGAGGUCCCAGUGCCCCAGGACCCAGAGCUUCCUGCAGAGAGGAGCUCUGGAGACUCAGAGAUGGUUGCUCUUCUUACUGCUCUAUCACAGGGACUGGUAACGUUCAAGGAUGUGGCCGUAUGCUUUUCCCAGGACCAGUGGAGUGAUCUGGACCCAACACAGAAAGAGUUCUAUGGAGAAUAUGUCUUGGAAGAAGACUGUGGAAUUGUAGUCUCUCUGUCAUUUCCAAUCCCCAGACCUGAUGAAAUCUCCCAGGUUAGAGAGGAAGAGCCUUGGGUCCCAGAUAUCCAAGAGCCUCAGGAGACUCAAGAGCCAGAAAUCCUGAGUUUUACCUACACAGGAGAUAGGAGUAAAGAUGAGGAAGAGUGUCUGGAGCAGGAAGAUCUGAGUUUGGAGGAUAUACACAGGCCUGUUUUGGGAGAACCAGAAAUUCACCAGACUCCAGAUUGGGAAAUAGUCUUUGAGGACAAUCCAGGUAGACUUAAUGAAAGAAGAUUUGGUACUAAUAUUUCUCAAGUGAAUAGUUUUGUGAACCUUCGGGAAACUACACCCAUCCACCCCCUGUUAGGGAGGCAUCAUAACUGUUCUGUGUGUGGAAAGAGCUUCACUUGUAACUCCCACCUUGUUAGACACCUGAGGACUCACACGGGAGAGAAACCCUAUAAAUGUAUGGAGUGUGGAAAAAGUUACACACGAAGCUCACAUCUUGCCAGGCACCAAAAGGUUCACAAGAUGAACGCGCCUUAUAAAUAUCCCCUAAACCGGAAGAAUUUGGAAGAGACCUCCCCUUCGACCCAGGCUGAGAGAACUCCAUCAGUGGAGAAGCCCUAUAGAUGUGAUGAUUGCGGAAAACACUUCCGCUGGACUUCAGACCUUGUCAGACAUCAGAGGACACAUACUGGAGAAAAACCCUUCUUUUGUACUAUUUGUGGCAAAAGCUUCAGCCAGAAAUCUGUGUUAACAACACACCAAAGAAUCCACCUGGGGGGCAAACCCUACUUGUGUGGAGAGUGUGGCGAGGACUUCAGUGAACACAGGCGGUACCUGGCGCACCGGAAGACGCACGCUGCUGAGGAGCUCUAUCUCUGCAGCGAGUGCGGGCGCUGCUUCACCCACAGCGCAGCGUUCGCCAAGCACUUGAGAGGACACGCCUCAGUGAGGCCCUGCCGAUGCAACGAAUGUGGGAAGAGCUUCAGUCGCAGGGACCACCUCGUCAGGCAUCAGAGAACACACACUGGGGAGAAACCAUUCACGUGCCCUACAUGUGGAAAAAGCUUCAGCAGAGGAUAUCACUUAAUUAGGCAUCAGAGGACCCACUCAGAAAAGACCUCCUAGCUAGGUCCCCAUGUGGGGAGAUCUGCUUUCAGCCCUCACCUAAGGGAGGUGAGGAAUAGGAAAAGCCCUCUUGUCAGCCGGGAAGACCUUUUCGAGGGAGUCUCCCUGACCUGCCCAGAUCUGACAUCACCUCUUCCUGCAACUAAAUACAAGCCUGGGCAGAACCUCUCAGCCUUCUUCUACUCCUUGAGGGGAUGUUUCAUCCAAAGUACAACCUGAAUUGAGGCUUCUCCUUCACUGGAGUGCGCCUGCCUCUACCUCAUGGGUAUAAAGUAGGAGAAUUAAGAGACUUAAGAGGUUGUGGUUACUAUAUCAUCCAAAAAUUAGGCUGUUACAUAUCCUAAAGACUGCUCAACAGCUUCAAGUUGAAAGUGGCCAAGGACAGCCCCUUAGGUUUGGGAAGGGACAAGCCUGAAGGAUUCUGUCUUUAGUGGGGUCAAAUCUUAAAGCACACAACUCUGAACUCAAGACAGGAGGUUUACGUCCUGAUGUCUUUGCCACACAUUCACAGGAUAACUGUAUAGAUCCCUCGCUGUCUGAUUCACUUCUUACCAUGCACUUUCCUUUAGAUGCUGAGGAGAUAUGGAAGUGGGCGGAAAAAAAAAAUCUCAAGGCUGCUUCACGUGGACCUUGUCAAGCUGCUCCCUCCCCCAGUGUCAAAUUGUUAUCAGGUGCCAAACACUGCUAGAAAGAAGGGCCUAGUCAGAAGCCUCUUUCCAUACGAAUUUUGGUUUUGUUCUUAAUAUUUUUUUUCUAUUAAAAUACUCAUGCAUUUAACCUUCCCAUUAUUCAACCAGUCUCUUGGUUUCGUCCCUAGCACUUCUACUACAAGUGAGAUGGUAGCGUUUGAGUGCUUAUUGAGUAAAGCAUAAUUCGGUUAUAAUGAAAUCAUUCACAUUCCCUCAUAUGCACAAGCCUACCAACCCCUUCACACCCCCCUUCACAGGGGUCGUGUGAGUAAGGGGAUUUGGAAACUGUCAACUUACAAAGCACUGUAACAGUUACAGAAUCAUCAUUGCCAUGGGCCACUUUAUUUACAUGAAGACAACUGGAGAACGACUAAGACCAAAUUAUGGAAAAUAAGAAAAAGCUGUUGCUGGCAAGAUCGUCAAGACUAUUCUGACACCCUGUCCACAUCAUCCCUGACUGAGUACUCUGACAUCACGGAAAGUGUUGAACCUGGGACCCUGAGGAAUUCACCAGGAGUAAAUGGCUUUCAUGUAUUUGUGUCGUUUGCUUUUUCUUACAUGAUUUUAUGUUCAUUUAAGAACUAAAAAGUAGCAUCUCAUGAUGGCCCAAGGAUCUCUGUUGCUGGUUAAAGGUUCCUUGGAGAUGAGGCUGAAUAAUUAUGAACCUCACCUGCUGUGAUUGUGGGAGUGGCAAGAACUGGGGAGAUGUCCUCCAUAAGUGGAGCACAGGGUAUGGGGUUAAAGCAUGACAGGGAGAGUCUUCUGUGCCUGGUUUCUUCUCCUCUAUCUCAUAAUGCAUUAUGGGCCAGAGGAAUAGGGGAGGGUUAAUAAGACUCCAACCCUAAUGGCCCAACAGGGAAAUUCUCAUUUUGGUCGAUGAUAUUCUGAUGGACUGGUUUGGUCUUAAUACCAGUCAACCAUUGUCCUUCUGGAAAUAUACAUAUAUGAAAUAAAUAAAGGUAACACUUGGCAGCCAA